UCCCCUUCGCCACCCGCACCGCAUUCCCCUCUCUCUACGCAGCUCGGCUCCACUCCGCUCCGAAGAGGGAGGAGGACGCCCGCUGCCACGCUACCCGCUCCCCCGGAACUCGCCGCCACCAUGCUGUCCGCGCGCACCGCCGUCGCCUCCGCCGCUUCCCCGGCUUCCCCGUGGAAGGCGGUAGGUGGAAGCAAGGGCGGGAGCUGCGACGGAUGCAGGACCUACAGGGAGUCGGUGCGGAGGCGGGCCGCGACGGUGCGGGUGCACGCCGCGGAGCAGAGGCGGGUGCAGGCCGUCGCGGUAGGCACCGCCGCGGAGACGCAGGAAGGGGUGGCGGCGGCCGAUGGCGGCGUCGUGGACCCCUACGCCGAGGACGAGGAGCUGCCCGUCAUGCCCUGGGCAUAUUCCGUCGCGAGUGGUUACACCCUUUUGAGGGAUCCACAUCACAACAAGGGUCUUGCUUUCACGGAGAAGGAGCGGGAUGCACACUACUUGCGUGGUCUUCUUCCUCCGGCUGUUGUGUCUCAGGAAGUCCAAAUUAAGAAGUUCAUGCACAACCUGCGACAGUACCAGCUUCCUUUGCAGCGCUAUAUGGCCAUGAUGGACCUUCAGGAGAGAAAUGAGAGGCUUUUCUACAGGCUUUUAAUUGAUAAUGUGGAGGAGCUGCUCCCUUUUGUUUACACACCGACUGUUGGCGAGGCCUGCCAGAAGUAUGGGUCCAUCUUUAGACAACCGCAGGGUCUGUAUGUCAGCCUGAGAGACAAGGGGAGGGUCCUAGAGGUUCUAAGGAACUGGCCUCAGAGGGAUAUUCAAGUUAUUUGUGUCACUGAUGGUGGGCGAAUCUUGGGACUUGGAGAUUUGGGUGCUCAGGGAAUGGGAAUUCCUGUAGGCAAACUUGCUCUCUACACUGCCCUUGGAGGAGUUCGCCCAUCAGCUUGUUUGCCCAUUACAAUUGAUGUUGGCACGAACAAUGAGGAACUGCUUAAUGAUGAGUUCUACAUUGGACUGCGGCAAAAACGUGCAACUGGCAAGGAAUAUCAUGAGCUUAUAGAAGAAUUCAUGAGCGCUGUGGUGCAAAUCUACGGUGAGAAAGUCCUCAUUCAGUUUGAGGACUUUGCCAAUCAUAAUGCUUUUGAUCUGCUUGAAAAAUAUAGCAAGAGCCAUCUUGUUUUCAAUGAUGAUAUCCAGGGCACAGCAUCAGUGGUCCUUGCAGGUUUGUUAGCAUCACUCAAGGUGGUUGGUGGGACCCUAGCAGAGCACACUUAUUUGUUCCUUGGUGCUGGGGAGGCUGGAACUGGCAUAGCAGAACUCAUUGCUCUUCAGAUUUCAAAACAGACAAAAGCUCCGAUUGAAGAGUGCCGCCAGAAGGUUUGGCUGGUGGACUCAAAGGGCUUAAUUGUUAGCUCCCGUAAAGAAUCCCUUCCGUCAUUCAAACAACCUUGGGCACAUGAGCAUGAGCCUGUGUCAACCUUGUUUGAUGCUGUCCAGUCCAUCAAACCUACGGUUUUGAUUGGGACAUCAGGAGUUGGAAGGGCAUUCACAAAAGAAGUUGUUGAGGCCAUGGCUUCCUUCAAUGAGAGGCCUGUCAUCUUUUCACUGUCAAAUCCAACUUCACAUUCUGAAUGUACUGCUGAACAAGCAUAUAACUGGACCAAGGGGCGUGCUGUAUUUGCCAGUGGUAGUCCAUUUAACCCUGUUGAGUACGAUGGGAAGACUUUUGUACCUGGGCAGGCAAACAAUGCUUACAUUUUCCCUGGCCUUGGCCUUGGUCUGAUUAUGGCUGGAGCCACCCGUGUCCAUGAGGACAUGCUUCUUGCUGCCUCGGAAGCACUAGCUGAUCAGGCCAAUCAGGAGAACUUUGAGAAGGGAUCGAUCUUCCCGCCCUUCAGCAGCAUCAGAAAGAUCUCCGCUCACAUUGCUGCCGCCGUGGCUGCAAAAGCCUAUGAGCUCGGUUUGGCGACCCGUCUGCCUGCGCCCAGAGACCUGGUGCAAUAUGCAGAGACCUGCAUGUACAAUCCUAUCUACCGCAACUACCGGUAGCGCUGCCGGGAUCAAUUUUGCAGUAAUAAAAACCUAUCUAUGCAGGAUACUGCAAUGUUGUUGCCGGUUUUGUUGUCCGUUGUCACCGCUGCUACCACCCUUGUUGCUGGUAGACAUUGUACCUGUCUAUGCAUAUAUAUGAUAUGAUAUAUCUGUUAUAAGCUAUGGUAGCAAACCA